CCUAUUGGAGAAAGGCCUUAAUGGUUGCUUGGCUACUGCACGAGAUGGUCGUGUAACCGGCAAGCACGUUUAUUCCACGUAGUUAUUGUGUUUAAAAAAAUUGCAAGUUUAUCAUUUGUUUUUAAUGUGUUAUUCUAAAGUAAUUUAACAAAAUGGAUUUUAUUAAUUCUAAUGUUGAAGAUAGGCAAAGAAUUAUCUCUCAUAAAAAGUGUGAUGUCAGUAAAAUAACAAUGAAUGGAAUUUUAAUAAGGAUAUUUUGUUUAAUAUCGUGUAUUAAAUUAUUGCUGAUACCCACGUAUCAUUCAACUGACUUCGAAGUCCAUCGUAAUUGGCUUGCAAUAACACACAGUUUGCCAGUAAAUGAGUGGUAUAAAACUGAAAUAUCACAAUGGACUUUAGACUAUCCACCAUUUUUUGCCUGGUUUGAAUACUUUCUCUCAUUAUUUGCAGUAUUCUUUGAUGUUGAAAUGUUAAAACUUGAAAAUCUUAAUUAUGCUUCAUUUAAUACUAAAGUAUUUCAACGUUCAACUGUAAUAAUAACAGACAUCGUUUUUCUCUACGGUGUAAAAAAAGUCGGGGAUACAUGUAUAAAUUCGACUCAGAACUUCAUAAUUUUUAUUAUUUUAUCUCUUACUAAUAUUGGACUUUGGAUUAUUGAUCACAUUCAUUUUCAAUAUAAUGGAUUUCUUCUUGGCAUACUACUAAUUUCUAUAGCAGGAACUUACGACAUUUUAAAAAAGAAAAAUAUUUUAGAAGGUGCAGCUUGGUUUUCAAUUUUACUUAAUUUAAAACAUAUUUAUGUAUACGUAGCGCCUGCUUACGUUGUAUGGCUUUUAAAAUGGUGCUUAAAGCGUCAAUAUUUUAUUAGAAGAUUUCUUCAGCUUGCCAUUAUCGUUUUGACGACAUUAUUGAUUUCCUUCUGGCCUUUUAAAUCUCAACUUCCUCAGGUUUUCUCACGUCUAUUUCCAUUUAAACGAGGACUGCUUCACGCUUAUUGGGCUGCCAAUUUUUGGGCUUUAUAUGCAGGAUUUGAUAAACUAUUAGUGGUAUUAUGGAAAAAUCUUGGUUGGCAUGUAGAGGAAAAUUCAGCAAGAUUAACAGGCGGACUUGUUCAAGAACAGUCAUUUCUUCUACUUCCUACUCCAUCUCCAAUUGCAACAUUUUCAAUUACAAUUCUAUUUAUGAUGCCAUCGCUUUUAAAACUUGCAUUUAAAGAUGAAUUGACUGGUGGAAUUUCUUUUAUAAGAUGUCUUGUAAUUUGUGGACUAUCUUCAUUUAUGUUUAGUUAUCAUGUUCAUGAGAAAGCUAUUCUUACGUCGAUUAUUGCACUCAGUGUACUCUCAGUAAUUAAUAAAAAUGAUGCUAGAGUGUUUAUAAUUCUUUGUUUAACAGGAAUAACGGCUCUUUUUCCUCUUCUUUAUCCAAAGGAUUUACUUCUUUUAAAAAUAUUAUUAUUCACAUUUUAUGCCGUUUGUACCAUUGCAUUGUUAAUUCAACGAUUUAAAAAAAAUAUUCUUCUUAUUUACGAAUGGAUUUACAUUGCAAAUCUUCCGCUAUUAAUAAUAUAUGAAUCAAUUUUACACCAACUUUUAUUUGGUGAAAAAUUACCAUUCUUACCAUUGGCAAUAACUUCACUUUACUGUUCCAUUGGUGUAACAUAUUCAUUUUGUUUGUAUUACUUUAUGUAUCAUUUCGGAUAUAAUAAAUAAAAAAAAAUAUUUAUUCACCUAA